AUGGGCUACUAUUUGGCGGAUGAGAUCUAUCCUAUGUGGCCCGUCUUCGUGAAGACGAUCAGAUGCGCAACAGAAGAUAAGAAGAAAUACUUUGCGGGUCGUCAGGAAGCAGCGCGCAAGGAUGUGGAGCGGGCAUUUGGUGUGCUCCAGAGUCGAUGGGCGAUAUUGAGGGGUCCAUCAUGGUUGUGGGAUAUGGAGACCAUCGCUGAUGUCAUGUACGCGUGUAUUAUCAUGCACAACAUGAUUGUCGAAGAUGAUGGUCCAGCACUGACUGAGUGGGCCGAUGAUGAUGGUGCCGGUCCAAGCCACGGUGUGGCCACCUCCAGUGCACGUAUGGGGGUACCCAGGAAGGGCUCGAUCGGGUCCGUGCGUUUGCCGACAUGCGCCAACGACAAGCCCAUAUUCGACUCCAGAACGAUAUAA